AUGUCUGACCAAACUCAAUCCUUGGCUGAGGCCCUUAUGGCCAAGCACGGUGUUACCGAGGAACAAAAUGGUCAGCACCACGAUGGCCAAGUUCCUAAUCCUGAUGCUGAUAGUCAGGAGGCUCAUGAAGCUGGCGAAGACGCUCAAUUGAAUGAAUCCUUUUCCUCGGUUGACACCUCGGCUGCCACUCCUUCAACUGCCAAUACUUCUGUUACUUCCAAUGGUAAAGGUAAAUUUGAUAUCGAGUCACUGGAUGCCUUUCCCACCCUUGGUAGAGGCUCUUCGUCUGCUGGUACUCCUGCCAAGGCUAACUGGGGUGCUGGUUCUACGAACGGAAGCGGUACCAACACCCCUUCCAGGAGUCCUAGACCACCAAUUGUUUCAUCAUCAAUGGCUGCUCGCUCUGGUGCUAUCACUGAAUCGUUUACUCUGCUGAACUCAGAACAAGCUCCUAAGGCUCGUAACAUUCUUGCUGAGGUUUUGACAAAGGUUCGCAAGACCACGUCUACCUCUAUUGACAGUAGUACUACUAAGGCCACUGGUAACACUACAUUCAUUAUCAAGGGUUUGCCAGACAAUGUGCAGAAGGCAAAGAGAGACCUUUUGAAAUCACUUGCUGUCAAGACUACUAAGACAAUUCAGAUUCCUGCGUCUUUGAGAUCAGCUGUGAUUGGACCCAAAGGUUCCACUUUGAGACCUAUUAUCGAGGAAUCGGGCACCACUAUUGAUAUUGCUAAAAAGGAAAAUAACGACAACGAGGGUGACGAGUUUGAUGAUGAAAAAACUGUCAAUGUUACUAUUGAGGGUGAUAAGCAGGCUAUUUUGUUGGCUGAGAAGAGAAUUCUUGAGGUUGUUUCUAGCAGAGUGCGAGAGAUCACCUCCCGCAUUCAAGGAGUCGACAAAAAGUUCCACCCAUUCAUUAAACAAGCAAUUGAUCAAACUCCAGAGGAGUUUAAGGGUAUUAACAUCAACUUCGGUGCUACUAAUGGUUCUAUUGCCUUGUCUGGAGAGCGUAAUGCGGUUCUGGAGGCCAGAGCCAAACUCGAAACUAUAAUUGCCAACCAAAAGAAUACAUUUUCAAGCUCCUAUGAGGUGGUUCCUGAAGUCAAGACCAAGUUUGUUUCUCCUGAUCUUGUUUUCAACGCUUCUGGUGUGUCUGUAAUUGUGACUCCUGGAGCCCCCACUGUUGAAUUGUUUGGUCCCACCAAUAAACUUGCCUCUGCUAAAUCAGUUUUGUCCAAGCAUAUUUCUGAUCUUGCAGUUUUGACACUUGACAUUUCUAAAGCUCACGAUAAGAGCAUCAGUCAUGCUAGAAAUUUAACUAGAUACUUUAUUUCUACCAACAAGCUGGCUGAGCUCGAGAAAGCUCACAAAAAUGUUCAAAUCUCUACUCCUUCCCUUGAAUCACUUUAUGAUCAGACUCCUUCAGCUGUAAUUUAUGAGAUUGUUGGCAACGAUGGUGAAGCAAUCAAAGCUGCGAAGAAGGCAUUGGUAGGUGUUGUAAAUGCCUAUCCACCAUCCUCGUUCAAGGUCGUUGAUGACCUCGACCCCUUCUUUUAUUCACAUGUUUCAAAGGCCGGUAAGCAGAUUAAACAAGAUAAGUUUGUGGAUGUUAUUGUUGCUGGUGGCAAGAAGGCUGAGAUUGAUGCCUUACCUUCCGCUCUUAGAAGCGAAGUUCUUCUCGCAUACACAGGCAACCCUAAACAGGAUGAGGAGGAUUUUGCUCCUGGUGUGGCCGAAAUUCAAAGCAUUCUGGAUCAAGUGUCGAGCGAAUUUGAUUUUAUUCGUACCAAACAGUCUGAUAUCACCUCCAAGACAAUCGAAGUGCCACAAGAAAAUCACAAGUUUAUUACUGGUCCUAACAACACUACCUUAAAUGUCAUCUUGAAGGGCCACUCUGAGAGCGAGCCAUUCGUUUCAGUUGUGGUCGGUAGUAGCGAUGGUGUUACCAAGAAUAAGAACAGCGUGUAUGUUCGCGGUCUCAAGUCGGAAGUUGACAGAGUUUGCAAGGAGAUUGCACAGGUUAUUGAGGAGUCUAAGAAUUACGAAAUUCUUUCCUCCUAUACCACUAACUUUACUUUCCCUGUUGAUCACAUUAACAAGCUGAUUGGUAAGCAAGGAACGCAUUUAUCCAAGCUCACAGAGGAGUUUGGUGUUAAAAUCGAUGUUGACGAACAAGGUAACGGUGUUAUCAAGGGUAUUAAGAAGAAUGCGGACGAAGCCAAGGUUCGGAUCUUGAAUCUGGGUCGCAAAUGGGCAGAUGAGGUUACUAUCAAGCUCAACAUCCCCAACGAGCACCAUGCUACUAUCAUUGGAAGUGGAGGCAAAUUUGUGAAGCGACUGAUGCAACGUUAUGACGUCCACAUCCAAUUUCCCCGUGCUAACGCUUCUUCUCCCUCACCAGCUGGCGAUGAAAAGGACUCUAAAGAUGCCGGAAGGGACAGGGAUGGUCUUACUAGAGACCAGGUGCUUAUUCGUGGUCCUUCGAGUGGUGUUGCCAAGACCAAGGAAGAAAUUGAAGAGCUAGUCAAGUAUGAGGUUGACCAUUCCUUUAGCCAGACGAUCAAUGUUCCUGCCAACAGUUUACCCAGGAUCAUUGGCCGUCAGGGUGAAUUUAUCAAUGAGAUUAAAGAAUCCACAAAUACUAGAAUCGAUGUCAAAGACAACGACGAAGCUGACGGUGCUGCUGUUGCUAAAAAAGAUCGCUCGGUUCCUAUUGAAGUCAUUGGUACGAAGACUGGUGUUAAAUCUGCUAUCGACAAGAUUCAAGACAUUGUUCAAGAAUUCUUGGAUACUGUUGAAACUGAGAUCGAAGUUGAUCCAAAAUAUCAUGGUGCUUUGAUCGGACCUGGCGGAGCUAUCCGCAGAGAGAUCAUUACCAAGGCAGGAGGAUCUGCUGAGUCUAACCGCACUAUUCAAAUUCCACCAGCUGACUCCAAUAGCAACAAAAUCAAGAUUAAUGGUAAUCGUAAGGUUGUAGACAAAAUCAUCAAACAGAUUAAGGAAAUUGUUGAUGCAAGGGAGAGUCAAAUUACUGAUAUUAUUGAUGUCAACCCUGAGCGUCAUGGUGCAUUAAUUGGACCUGGUGGUCUUGUGAAGAGGGAAAUAGAGAGCACUUAUAAUGUGACGCUUGUUAUCCCAAGAAAAGGAGCCAAGAAGGCUGAUGGGUCUAUUGACGAAGGUAUUAAGAUUGUUGGCUAUAACAAAGAGGAAAUUGAAAAUGUUAAAGCCCGUAUUAAGGAUUUGACCCAAGAGGCCUUUCAACUAGAGGUUGAGGUUCCUAGACAUUUGCAUGCUGAAUUAUCUAACCGUGGAGUUUACUUCAGAAAGCUCCAACAGGAGUUUGGCGUUAAGGUUGAUCAUGGCAAGAAUAGCGGAUCUGUUCCUAGAGCACCAUCAAUCCCAGCACCACCAUCUGAGGCAUAUGGUGAGGCAUCUGAGGCGGGCGACUCUGGCUCUGUGAAGUACAAGUUCACUAUCGUCCCUGAAAGUGUCAAAGCACCAACUGCUGAGUCUAGCACUAUCACAUGGCGUCUCAGAGGAGAUGAUGCUGGAUGUGCUAAGGCUAAGGAACAAAUUGAGCAUUCCAUCAAGGAGCUGGAGAAACAUGACAGCCUUGGAUAUUUCUGGUUAGCCGAUCCAACUAAAUACGGCUCCCUUAUUGGUCCUCAAGGAUCCCGCAUUAAUUCCAUCCGUAGUAAGAGUGGUUGUACCAUUGUUGUGCCUCAAUCAGAUUCUAAGAAUCCCAUCAUAAGCUUAAGAGGCAGUGCUCAACAACUGGAACAAGCCAAGGAUCUUAUUGUAAAGAGCCUCGCCAACAAGCAAUAG